AUGGUAAUCGGUAGCGAUAUCACCCCACAGAUUCUGGUACAAGGACUCCAUCACAACGUAUGUGGUACACUUAUGACACAAAACACGAUAUUCGGAUGGAUCCUCAGCGGGCCGAUUGCUGAAAAAAUAUCAACAUUCUUCACGUGUGUCACCGAAUCGCAAAACGACUCCCUUAACAGUCUUUUAAGGAAAUUCUGGGAACAGGAAGAAGUCUCCACAGAGAAAACGCUGUCCGAAGAUGAUAAACGCUGCGAGAAAUUGUACCGUUCGACAACAAUUCGGCAAGCAGAGGGAUGCUAUAUGGUUAAACUACCCUUCAAAGAAGGGGUUCCAGACAAAAUAGCCUUGGGUCACUCCCGACUAGGAGCGCAGCUUCAAUAUCUCAGCAUCGAAAGGAGUCUGGAGAAAAGACCGGAACUAAAACAUAAAUACGCUGAGGUAUUGGAUGAAUACUUGGCUAUGGAUCACAUGGCUCCCACUUCUUCACGUGAAGUUAUAAAUGAGGGGAAAUAUUUCUCCUUUUAUUUGCCGCAUCAUGCUGUCUUGAAACCUGAUAGCAAAACCACUAAGGUUAGGGUCGUUUUUAAUGCCUCUAAAAACUCCCACUCAGGGAAUUCCUUAAACGAUGCGCUACCCACGGGCCCAGUCUUGCAAAAUGACUUGAUGCUAAUCAUACAAGUUUGUUUUUAA